GGCGAAGGCUGCGGUGCUCAGGAGGGAGGUAGGGCUCGGCUCCGGCGGGACGCGGGGGGCUCUGCGGGGCAGCUCCGCUUCUCCACACACGCAGCACCUUCCCGGCUGGGCGCUCCCCAGGGAGCUGGGGAGGUUUAGCCUGGAUUGAAGGCGGACCGGGGGGACUUCAUCGCUCCCUACCUGGAAGGAGGUUGUAGACAGGCUCCUGCUCUGCAGCACCAUGCUGGAUCCCAAGCCUCACUCUGCAAGCCAGAGGUGAAUCCAGGUGAAAGCCAGCUACCACAGUAGGUGUCAGGAUGACCAAAGCACGGCUCCUCCGUCUGUCUGUGGUGCUGGUCUCCAUCUUCAUGAUCCUCCUGAUUAUUGUGUACUGGGACAACGUGGGCACGGCUCACUUCUACCUGCACACAUCCUUCUCCAGACCCCGCUCCCCAGCAGCCAUCGCAGCAGGUGAGGACUGGGAAGCCUUGCCAGAUGUAGAUGAAUUUUUGGCAAAGCUGCUUAGUUCAAGCCUGAAACAGAACAGCUCUAUCCCCCGAAGGACAGAGCAGCUCCUCGUCCAGGGCUCCAACAAGCCUGUGGUAAGUAACUUGGAGGAGAACGUGCGGGGCUAUGACUGGUCUACACACAAGGACAGGAGCAGCUUGGACCAAGAGAAGCUGCAGGUGGAGAGGCAGAGAACGUUGCGGGAGUUUUGUGCCAAUUCCAGCUUCACCUUCCCCACCAAGGAGCGCUCCUUCGAUGACAUUCCGAACUACGAGCUCAACCACCUGAUUGUGGACGACCGCCACGGCGUCAUCUACUGCUACGUGCCCAAGGUGGCCUGCACCAACUGGAAGCGCGUGAUGAUCGUGCUGAGCGAGAGCCUGCUGCACCAGGGGCUGCCCUACAGGAACCCUCUGGACAUCCCCCGGGAGCACGUCCACAACACCAGCACCCACCUGACCUUCAACAAAUUCUGGCGCCGCUACGGGAAGUUCUCCCGGCAUCUGAUGAAGAUCAAGCUGAAGAAAUACACCAAGUUCCUCUUUGUACGAGACCCCUUUGUGCGCCUCAUCUCCGCCUUCCGCAGCAAAUUCGAGCUGGAGAACGAGGACUUCUACCGGCGUUUCGCCAUCCCCAUGCUAAAGCUCUACUCCAACCACACCAACCUCCCCACCUCCGUUAGUGAGGCCUUCGGGGCAGGCCUCAAAGUCUCCUUUUCUGACUUCAUCCAGUACUUACUGGAUCCCAGGACAGAGAAGAUGGCCCCUUUCAAUGAGCACUGGAGGCAGGUUUACCGUCUGUGCCACCCGUGCCAGAUAGACUAUGAUUUCAUCGGGAAGCUGGAGACUCUGGAUGAGGAUGCUGCUUAUUUAUUGCAGCUCCUCAAAGUGGACAGGCUGCUUCGCUUCCCACCCAGCUACCGCAACAGGACUGCCAGCAGCUGGGAAGAUAACUGGUUUGCCAAAAUCCCACUGGCUUGGAGGCAGCAGCUCUACAAACUUUAUGAAGCAGAUUUUGUACUCUUUGGCUACCCCAAGCCAGAAAACUUGCUUAAAGACUGAAAGUGAUUGGGCAGUGGGUGUGGGAGGGAACAUCUGAAAUACCAAAAAUGUUUAAAUCCUCCUCAUUUUUGCCCUUAACUCCCUUCCCAAUGCAAGUUGGUACAAUGGAAUAUAUUUUUUCUACUGCUUCCCCUUCCAUUUUGCAAUAAUGCCAGAGUCCAGGGUAUUCCAGCCAGCUGUGCAUAUGCAAAAAAUGCCUUUUUUUGGGUUAUUGUUUGUUUUCUGUUUUUUAAAAUAUCCCCAUACUUUGCAAUUGGUUGCUGCCCUUGGUCACUCUGCCAGUCAUGUCCUUC